AUGACCGGUAUCUGUGAAAAAUGCACAAACGACGUGGUAGGAGAAAUUAUUAAGUGCGGCGGUUUUUGCUCGUCUGGAGUUUGUUUGCGUUGUUCUGGGAUGAAACCGGAAAUUCACGAUGCUUUGAAAUCGAGCGGCCACCUGAUUUGGAUGGGUUAUGCCUGCAAAAAUAUCAUGAGUAAAGCUCGUUUUUCGAAUGCUUUAGUAUCUGUGAAUGCAGCGAAUGAGCACAUAAUAGAUUCGCUCAAAACCGAAAUCAAAGAUGCCAUUCUCGCAGACAUUCUGACUGAAAUUCGCACCAAUUUCAAGGCGCUGAUUGACUCUGUCCCAGCGGCUCCCGUUUUGACACCUCGUGUGUGUCAAUCAGCUCCGCGAUCCAGAGCUAAAAGACUGCGCGACACCGACAACGACGAGGAUAGCACGUCCCACCGCCCGGCGAAACUUCUGUGUGGAACAGCAAAUUGUAACUCUGGCCCAAAUAUAGUUGCCCCGGGAGCUAUCGCGAGCGACGAACCAAAGUUCUGGUUAAAUCUUUCCGGCAUUGACCCGCAGGUACCUGACGACACCGUACUGCAACUGGUGCGUACGAGACUGGAUUCUGAGGAAGUAAAGGCAGACAAGCUGGUUCCUAGAGGCAGAGAAGUGCGCACGCUAAGCUUUGUAUCCUUUAAGGUGAGCAUGCCAGUUAGGCUUAAGGCAAAAGCUAUGACAGCGGAUACAUGGCCAUUAGGUAUUCGGUUUCGCGAAUUUGAGGAUACAGGACGAGCCGCUCAGAAUUUUUGGAGACCUCCGCACACCCCAAUUCCACCCCUGAUCACUGUGGAGACGCCGCUAACAUCCAAGUAA